AUGCCGAAACAGCGGCUGCCAACCCCCCCCUCUAACCCAGAGCCUUUCCCAGUUAUUUUCUAUCCGCCAAAACCAAAACUUUCCUUUCGUGCUGAUGAUCUGUCUGAAGGUGCUUCUCUCUGGAAUUUUUCGAUGGUUGGUUACUCCUUGGGUCAACGUCCUUAUUACGAGCGGCUUCUCUCGGCUAUGAGAAAGGUUUGGCCUUUGAAAGGUGCGAUUUCUCUAUUAUCGCUAGCCGAUGGUUUUUUCCUUAUUAAAUUUUCAUCCAAAGAAGAUUAUGAUGCUGUUUGGUCUGGGGGUCCAUGGUUUUUACUUGGGAAACCAUUCAUUCUGCAACAAUGGUCUCCCAAAUUUAAGCCAAAACGGGAUGAGAACGCCUCCAUUCCUAUCUGGAUCAAGAUUGUGGAUUUUCCUUUGGCUUUAUGGACACCAACUGGUAUUUCAAAAAUCGCAAGCUAUAUUGGUAUUCCUCUGACUGUUGAUUCCUUAACUGCUAAAAGAUCCCGUCUAACCUUCGCCCGUGUCUGUGUUCUCAUCUCCAAAGACUCACCUCUUCCAGACGAAAUUCCUUUGGAUAUUGACGAUGAAGACUUAAUCCUCAAAGUCCUCUAUGACUGGAAGCCCACCCCUUGUGAAGGUUGCCGUUCGUUGGUUCACUCAUACUCUAUCUGUCCCAAAAACCCGAACCCCUCUCCUCCUGUUGUCUUACCUCCUCCACGCCCUCGUGGGAGAAGCUCCAGCCGUCCACCCCGACCUAACUCUAGACCCAACUCUAAACCUCCUCCUAAUCCUGCUCUUAAUUUACCUCCUCAACCGACAACUCCCCUUCUCAACAAUCCUGUCCAGACAUCCACCCCUGGGGAUGUUGCGGUUGUUGAGGUUCCAAAUCAAAUUGAUAAUCAGCCCUCUUUUGUUGCUUCUACCAAUCCCUCUUCAAUAUAUAUACCCACUGUCAACAACAAUUCCCCUAACCUCCACAAACCCGAAAAAACUACCUUCAUAUCUAACCUUAAUUCACCCAAUGAUGACGCUUCUUUGGAAGCUUCUUCUUCAUCUACACCUCCCUUCAUACCCAACAUCCUCAUAGGUUCAUCAUCUUUGAACCUUUCCACCUCUAAUAAAUUCAAAGCCCUCCUGGAGGAUGACCCUCCCUUGGAUGAAGACCCUCUUCUGAAUGCCGAAUCCAUUCCCCCUAUCAAUGAAAAACCCAUACAAAAUAUUCCCUCUCCAUCCACCUCCUCCACCAAAUCCCCAAACCAACCCCCUCCUAAAUCUAAUACACAAUCUUCUCCUCUCUCUAAGCAUACUAGAGGGAAAUCUACCAAAAAAGGCAAACCUUCAAAACCCAAAUCAUAA